AUGAUCAACAUCGUGCACAAGACCAUCUGGGAACAAUACAUCAAACGACCUCUCGACAGAUCUGUUACCUUCCCGGUAAAAGAUGUCAAUGGCGGAACAGGACGACUAAUUGGCCUGGUUGGAGAAGUACCUAUCGACUGCGGAAGAGCAAGGACGAUCGCCCAAUUAUGGGUAUCGGAUUCUAUUGACUUCCCUCUUUUGCUAGGGCGACCUUGGACAUCCUCAAAUUCGGUCGAUAUUAUCGAACGGGACGGCACCUACCUCAUAUUCAACUACCCGGAACACAAUGUGCAACUCGAACUCAAGGUCAGUACGGACUCGGACGACAACACUAAUAUUUCACAGACCAUGGGCCUUACUACGGACAACGGACUUAGCGAAAAUCGCGAACGCGCCGGGCCGGAACGUCACCGGUGGCGUGAGAAGCCGCCGCAAGACGCGCCUCACGUGCUUGCCACGCGACUACCGGUCAUGGAGGAAUGCGACACUCGAUCUUAUCUCUCAGCAACACCGCCACCCCGACGCCCGACCACCAACACCGACGAUCUUUUGGACGACAUUGCCGCUCCUUCAAACUCGCAACUCGCCCGCGCCCAGUCAAGAGGCGACUCUACGGACCUCGAUUACGACGAAUGCCAACGCGUUCAGGCGUAUAUUGACGCGGCCAUCCGGCCGGGUCAAGGUACGCCUCAUGCCCAUUCGGAUUCCCCGGAUCUCGCCGCCGUUACUGACCAUCAGCAAUUCCUUCUCAGUCUAGGAGAUCCUUAUCGCGCCCGCCUCUUCACUCGACCACUGCGCGGCGGGGAAUGGACGCCCCUCGAAGACUCGAUCGCCCAUCUCCCAACGGGGAUGCGCAGGCUACUAGGUACGUACGGCUCCUUCGAAGUAACGCUCACCACCUCAGACAAUAGGCGGACGCGGGUCCUCGUCACCUUGGCGCACCCUCGAACGGCUCCCGAACACACGCCCUCGCCGGAUUUGGCCCGACUCCAUCAAGAACCCACCGAUAUAGAUCACCGGCACGACCUCGACUUACCUCCUGAAGCCUCAUCCGGCAGGAUCGACUCACGCGAACGCCUUCAAACACCCAGCCCAUCUGACAACAACGAUCCGCUCCAUUGCUCGUCUUCCCCUCUCGACCUCCACCAUGCUCACCGCGGCAGAAUCGUCGAACUCGACGAUGCCGGUGAGUACACCGGCAGCACUCAAACCCUAUCCGACUCAAACACCUCUAGGCACCCGGCGCGUCCAUUGCUCCCUAGCACAAUAGCUGGCAGACCGCCGCCAGCGGUCACCUCGAUUCUCGAACCGACGAUACCCACCACCACCAGCGACACCAGCGAGCUCCCACCAGUCGAAGCCGACCAUGAACGCUACCCCGACUCGCGAACCGAAGAGACGCCCGCUACGCCUAGGUCUAGGCUUUGCGAGCGCGGACGAUCUUCACCGGUACGUACCAUUGCAGAAUCUUCGAGGACAUCGGUGAUUUACGAUGUCUCCUUGAAGAUUCAGUCGUUAGGUACGUGCCGGGCAAAAAUUCGGAGCCGCUCGCAGCGAGACCGAUGGGUAGAAACCCCGAACCUCGUACGCUCGACUCAAGACCCCGGACGACUCAUCGAACACCUCAACGCAGCCGCUCUGUUUCGAGAAGAAGUACACCCGCCUGACGGAUCGAACGCGGUAUUGUACAUCAUUGUCGCGCCCUCUCCCUACGCUAACGAACACGACGACUCUUCAGCCGACGGUAGCGGAACAAACACACCGGAUCGGCUACAGGAUGUACCUCCCGAAGAUCCCCGCAGAUGGCCGCCGUCCUUUCGACGCUCCGACCAGAUGCCGCACUCCCCUUGCGAGCGGGACACGGGGUUACCACCAGACGAGCCUAGCGAGGAUAUCAGAAGCACGAAGGGCAUGACGACGAGGUAUACCCGGUACCCCAUCUCAUGUUCUCUGCAGGCUAAUCCGAGCGGCGUCCCUUUCCUGCAGCCUGUUCGGUACCGCUCUGCCGAGAUUGGAAGCCGUCCGUUCGCGACACGACUAAACGGAGACGAGGCAUCGACAUCGCGAAACCUCGCGCACCACCCAGACAAUACCGCGGACGACUCCCAAUGGCAAGAUACCCUCUUCGACUCCCGAACCAGGGCGCUGCGCAGGACGAUCGGUGAGUUCGCUCCAUGCCAACAGAACCAGUCGGCGCGAGGCAAGGCUUACCCAGGCGCAAUCCAGGCAGGCUUUGACUCUCAACGAGGAAGGACGGCCCCACUCGACGGCAAGACUGUGGAACCAUCGCUCGUCAGGCUCGCUAUGCAAUCCUACGGCCUUCUUCGGCAACCCAUACGACUCACGCACGGAACCAUCGGUCCAGGCUCUCGCGACGAGCAUAAAAGCUUAGGUGCGUGUCUGGACACCCAAGUCACCAGAAACACUCGCUUACCCUUCGCUAGUCUAUCAAACUGCACGCCUCACUCGAAUCCGCCCCCUAUGUCUCAUGCGCAAUCCAAGGUUCCGACGACGACCCUCGCGCUCGAUGCGUACCCGUCUCCGCCUCAAGAAACGACUUCUCCACUGGAUUCUUCGCCCUCGACGACUCUCUCGCAACGGCCCACACCCGGCUCCAACGCGACAGUCAACAGACCGCUCGAUAUAGGACUCAAGGACAAUAUGAUGUACACUACUCGUACCCCCCUCUCUGACGCUGAACUCACAGAAAUUCUUCGGUUUGGCAGAGAGGAGGGCGGCUGGACUCGCCUUCCGGACCCGAUUUCCCCUUCGCCGGCGAAGAUCUAUGCUCCGCAGCCCCGCCCUGCUACGAACCCCGACACCUCGUCGAACACGCUACACGCCGGCUCUAUACAAUUCCCGAGCACACCGCACCCACUCACCGGACGCGUCCUCGACGACGAAGACUAUCGGCCCAUCAUCACGGAGGCCGAAGGAAUAAGCGAAGAUGUCGACUUCCCUGGGUACUACCGGGCAGCCGGUUGCCUCAUCCCUCUCGGCGACCCUCUAUUCAGCGAGAAUCGGUUCAAAGCCCCGAUCC